AUGAACAUUAUCCAGCAGAGCUUUUUUGUUUGUGUUGGUGUUAUUGUAUUUCCUAUAUAGCUUGGCUGUCUUGCUCACGCCCCACAAUUAAUUUACAGAUAUACUAACAAAUCAUUUGACCCAAGUGCAAGAAAUGAAUGAUUUUUGCUAGCUUUGGCUUGUCUUCCUCCUAUAGGUUGCAUUUUUCAAGAAGGCUUAAUGAGGACAGGCAAGAAAUGAUGGGCGAAAGUUGGCUUAGGGAUCUAUAUUGCAGGCACUGUAUUGACCAUGUAUAUGAUUAUCUUAGGAGGGGCUGUUGCUGCUAAUGGGAUGUUUCCCCAAUUCCGUGUUGGACAUGAGUAUUGUGGUGACCAAGACAUUAUAGGCCAAUGGACCUCUUGUUUUCACCUAGUUGGAUUAGGUGUCGAACUUUCUGGCCAAGUUUGCGCUAUUACCUUGCUUAUUCAGUGCCUCAGAUUUACUCCUGAUAUGAUUCAAUGGAUAAUUAAAAUAUGGCGUUGCUCGAAUUUAUGGGUUUCUGACCGAAAAUUCAUCUCUUGCAUAAUUUAAUUAUGAGAUUUGGCUUUCCAUGAUGAGAUUAUUACAGCUAUGUCAGGGAAGCAAGAGCCGGAUUGGUAUUUCUACCAGACCUAGGGAAUAGAAUUUUCCUUAAUGGUAUCACUUACCCAGUUGGUAGAGACUGGGAGCUUUUGGGUGCGGUUCGGACCCAAGUAAGUGCCUGAGCUCAUAGAAGAGUCUUCAAAACCCAAACUUCAAGACUGGCAUCCUUAUUUGUGAACAAAGUCUGAGUAUGCCAAACCUUUACGGGCCCUAAGGAAAAUGGCGCGAAAUUUGCCCAGAGCUGUGCUGGGGAUAAAUAUGGCCAAGCAACCUGGCAGUGGACGUUAAAGUGUUAUAGAUUACUUAAGAUUAAUCUAUGAUUCAACGAUUAAUUGUUGACGAAAGACUAAAGAUGCUAGCUAAAGAAAAAGAAGACGAAGAGCGAGAAGAAAGAGAAGAAGACGAAAAAAGGCGAAAAGGCAAAAAAAGAAUCUGUUUAGAUGAGACUAGAGAGCACGAUUUAUUGAUAAUUGCAAUAAAUACGCAUAUUUUAAUUUAUUUUUUAAUUAUUCUUAAAAAUUUGAGAAAAAGUAUAGCGAUUUUUGACAUGCUCGACGAUAAUGAUGAAAAACAAAAAGGAAAAACUGAUUACAAUACUAUUGAAGAAGUCGACAUUACCCACGAAACUGAAGGAGACAAAGCAUUUAAAGAAGAUUUCAUACAAGAUGAAAACUCAAAAAAGCCUUACAGCAUCGAUGGGCAAAAAGACGGUACUUUUACCCAGCAUUUUAUACAGAAUGAAAGCUCAGUAAGGCCUUAUGAGGUAGAAGGAGAAAAGGCUAUGAGCUUCAGAGACAAAGGUAUAACCCCUAGAUCUAAUAGAGAUAGGAGCCUACCUAGAGAUUCUGCUUCAAAUCCUCAAAGAUCAACCACCCCACGCUCUGAAACAAGAAGCAACCAUAAAGGAGUUUCUGAUACAGAAGCAGGCUCUCUAUAUGAGAGCGAAGCAAUCAACGAAGCUGAGCAAGAAGAGGAAGAAGGAGAAGAGGAAAAAGAAGACCUCGAAGAUAUUUAUAAGUAA